GGAGAAAAUGAGCCAAUCCGUGGAUUUAGGAAAGACACUUCCACCAGCCUCUUAUCUCACAUGUAUUCAGUGGUUCGCACCAGUCGUCAACCAAGAAGGUCACUUCUACAAGCACUGCUUAGAAUGUUUGAUGACCAUAAGAAAUCCAAGCUGGACCUAUUGCUUUAUGUAACAGACAACUUGGCAUAUUUUCCAUAUUCUGUCCAAGAAGAACCAUUGUUUAUUAUGCAUCACAUUGAUACCAUGCUGUCAGUAUCUGGAGCUCAUUUACUACAGGCAUUCAAAGAGAUUAUUCUGCCAAAAACAAGAGAUGUCAAAGAGGGAGUAGAGACAUCAACAGUAGAUGAUGACGAUGAUGAUGCCACAGUAGAAUCAGUUAUAGCUCGGAUACCAGAAGAUAAUUCUACAUUUGCACAACAUUGUCAUUCUGCACAAAAGAGCCUUUUGCUUCUCUUGCUGAAAGAACAUCUGAAGGAAUUGUUUGGUUUGACUGACAGCAAAUGCCACAAGUAUUCUCCUUCAGCACCAAGCAAAGCAUAUGAUAAAACUGUAUCCAGAAAACCUGGCACCACAUUCCAACCAGAACAAGUCAUAGACUAUGUAUGUUAUCCAAAUAAAGAGAGACCUGUUGAGGAACUUGCCAAGGUGUAUUGUGAAUUUAAAGGUCUAAUGAUAAAGUUGGACCCCCAAGAAGAAGACAGUGAUGAUUCAAAUGGAAGAGACAGCCCGGCAGUAGAUCUACCUCCCGUUCUUGAUGCCGAGGGUAAUGUYAUAGUCAAACCAGUUGUCACACCAAAACCUAAAGUAAAACAAAGAAAAACACCAGCCAAGGGAAGGAAAACUCCACCUGUUAGUGCCAAGAAAGGAAAACCAAAGCCAAAGAAAAAGAGAAAAAAGAUCACUCUAGGUGAUGACUCUGACGUAGACGAAGGUGACUUGGAUCCAGACUUCAAGUAAAAGUUUUUCAGUCUUUAAACACAAUAGAGUGCAAAAGAUUUUAUUGAAAGCCAUAUUUUAUCUGUAAAAUCGGCCAUGCAUCUCAAAGUUAUUAUAGUACUACCUAUAACCAAAGAACUCUUUGGAAUGUGCCCAUUGAUAGAACCAGRCUAAUCUAGGUAGCCCAAACAAUGUCAUUAAGGACAACACUUGAAUUAAAUGAAAGGAAAGUAUAAACAGACCUUGCACUAACAGUUCACUUAGAAAAAUAAAUGAUUGUAUAAAAAAUAUGCUCUCCCUUGAAGCAGGUAUUUUUUGUUGCAGCCACAUUCCAGGGUAUAUGCAUGACAAAAUUGACUUGUGAGCUUUUAGUGCAAGUACCAUCUAUAUAUCAUCCUUAUGGUAAAAUGUGCAUGGCUCGGCACGACAUUCUACAAGUUUCAAUAUCAUAUUUAUUUGUUCCUGACAGACUUGCUCCAGAAAAACCAAAUCAGUUUACAGAGUUUUAUUAUUAUAUGACUGGAGAUUUUCAGGAAAACUAUUAUCAGAUGGAACUCUUGGCUUUUUGUCACAGCCUUUUGCAAGUUAAACCAUUUUUCAAAAAAUUAUAAAAAGAAAACAUUAAAGACUAGUUAAUACACAAUGACCUGGUCAUUUGAAAUGCCUUAGUUACGAUUAAUUGUUCGGUAUAAAGGCUUGAUAAUUUUAAGUGUCAUUUAAUAUGUGGACUUUCUGAUAUGCACCGGUACAUUUUUUCCAUUUUUCUAGCCAUAAACUAGGUGUUUUUGCUCCAUUUAAAGUAGAUUUCACAUGAAUUUGAAAACAAAAUAUUACAAUAAACUGUGCAUUAUCAUUAUUGCCUAAGCCUAAAUAGGAAACUGGUAAUUAUUUCCAAAGAUAGCUAAACUGUCAGGAAACAAGUAUAAGCUGGGAAGUAAAUUAUUCUUGGUUGAAGAAACACAGGAAACACUUAAUUUACAAAUCAAACUACAAAACAAGACUUCAAGUUUAACAUUGUUUGCAGCACUGUGUUUAACCCACUACAGCAAAAGAUCAUCAUCAUCAUCAUCAUUUGCAUGCCACAUGUAAACACAAUCUUUCUGACAGUGUUCUGCACAUGGCUAGGGAACAUUCAUUAUUUAAGUCGGGGGGGGGGGGUGGAGGAGAAAAUGUUAUUGAUGCAAAAAAUUCCCAGACCCAAAACUAAUACCAUUCAUGUUUUUCGGGUACCAACUUCAAACUUAAAAAUCGUAAAACAUCCUCCCAAUCCUGCCAGUCCUUUUGACCUUGCAAGGCCCCCCAUGUUCCACUAAAAAAAUGAGAGCCCCCAUUUUCUCCACCAACCCACACUCCUCCCUUCCUGCUUCCCCAACCCCCGGCCCACACACACGACUUAAAUAAUGACUGGUCCCUAAACUAGGGAACAUGGAGGUAGCGUACACCCAGUAAACAUCUUUCCUUAUUUAUCUAGGGCUUUACUAUGACUAUACUGCUGUUUACAUUCUCAUCUUCAUGUGAAAUCUAUUAAUAAUUUCAAAUAAUUUAUUACUACAUUAUUACUGUCAACUAUUGAAUGGGAAUUAUUAUUACCCUUGGUUUGGAAAUACCAUUUGUACAAAGGACUCAACAGUACGUAUAAUUAUGUAAUAAAUACACAACGUUACCGUUCAUGUAAACUUUUUUAUCAAACAUAUUAGUGAAGUACAAAUCUUUAAACCAAAAUCUAUAUUAAUAAAUACCUAUCAUCUAA